UGCAAGGUUACAUUUUGUAAAUAGUGAAAUAAAAUACAAUUCGUGCCGAUCCCGUGAAAAACAAACGAGAGUAAUCAUGCAACGAAACGAUCAAUUGCAGCAGCACGACGAAACACAAAGAAAUGCUUUAAAUUUCCAAUUUUCGCCCGAGGAGAUGAGAGUCCUUCGGGAAUGCAAUCGUGAAUCUUUUUUCCAACGAUCACUCCCGCUCGGUACCUUAAUGGGUUUUGGAGCAUGGUAUGCUGUUAAGAACAACUAUUUGAAGGCAAGUGCUCGGUUUGGACCCGCCCCGAAGGUAUUGGUUGGCGUAACGCUUGGCUAUUUUAUUGGUAAAAUAAGUUACCAAGGGAAAUGUGCUGAGAAAAUACUGCAGCUGCCCAAUUCCCGACUUGCCGAAUUAAUGCGUCAACGUCGUCAGGGUACGACCGGAAUGUCGGAUACAUUCCUACCAGAUCAAGGAUUUGGUGCAUCCAGCAUGUUGACACCGUUUGCGUCCACCCCGGCACUGGACCGUCAGCCCGAUGAAGCACCCGUUAGUCAAGGUCAACUCAAUAUGGAUUUUGAUAUUCCGCACUACUCCGGACUGGAUGACAGUGGACGACCCACCAUUGAUUCUACUGGAUCCCUAGAUGAAGAUCUUCAGUUACCGCUCGCACCGAAGGCAUCCAAAAGCUACGACGAGUUACGCCGGCAGAAUCGCGAAGAAUACUUAAAACGUCAGCAACAGCCCUAUCGACCUGCAACCAUUCUUGAAGAUAGCCCUCCAAUACGUCGAGACGCUCAAGAUCGCAGGAGUACCGCCACCGAGGAUCAGUCCGUUCCGAGUGCUCCUUCGAUAAAGAACAAGUACGGGGACGCCUGGUCACAAUAGGAAAAUGCUACAAUUCUUUCACGGUCUAUCAUCGUUAUACGAUAGAGGAUUUAUAGUAAUCCAUAACCAACAAAUACAAACAUCAGUUAAAAUAGCAAACUGAAUUAGUUUUAUUAGAA